CUUAGGACAUUAAAUCCACUGGCUUAUAAAUCAUAUAAGCCAAUAAGCUGACUUAAAAGUCUAAACCAAUAAACCUAAGCCUAAACAAAGAGGGCCUUAAUAAAGAAAAAGCGCCUAAGCGAGUAGCGGGUCACGCCUCACCCGGGCGCGGAACCAGUCGCCCAUCAGCCGGGGUGUGAGACCGAGACACACCUCCACGUUGAAUCGUGCACUCACCACACCCCCGACGCACACGGCGGAUUUAGCGCGAACCGCAAAAAUCCACCUGAUUUCUCCACACGGCGGAUUCUCAGUGGCACUACAGCGCCGUUUCUUUUCGCUGUAGGGAAACCCAGGUACGCGCCCGUCAGUACACGCUUAAUUUGAACGUACGCUUAGGGAAUAAAUAUAGCUGCCACUGAGACAUCUGACUAUAGCUCUCAAUGGAACGGUUUUUUUCCUUUCACUGUAGUGAAUUAACAGUACAUUUAAUUGCAUUUAUGCAACUGAUAGUAAAAUAGCAAAAGAUAUUUCAAAACCCUCCAGGUAUUUUGGGCAUUAUUAAAAAAAUCAAAUAACUAACCAAAGGGAAAAUUACAAAAACCAUCUCAUAAGUCACUUAACGGGAUCAGCCUGCUAUUGUAGGAAAAUUACAAAAACCACCCCCACAAGUCACUUGAACUUUGACAUUUCACCAUAUGAAUCAUUUUGUUGUAAAUGCUUACUCACUAUUUGAUUUUGUUGCAAAAAUCAACCCAGUACGAACGUUUUUAACCGGAUCAGCCUGUUAUGAUGUAGAGCUCCAUAGGCUAAGCUAGCCAAGUCAAUUGUCUAAGUGUUUGCAUUAGACUCAUUCUUCAUGUUCCAUUAAGUUCUUUUCAUUAGCAAAACUGUAAGUGCAACAACAUUUACGCUCUCAUCAACAAUUUUAUUUGUGAAAUCUCCAAAAAAAAUUUAUAAAAACACAUUGACGUCUCAUUAAGCACAAACACACUAGGAUGGUUUUUUACAAUAAAACCGAAUAGGAGGUAGGCAUUUGCAACAAAGCUGAGUAGGAUGUGAGCAUUUGCAACAAAAUGACUUCAAACUUCAAGUGACUUCUGGGAUGAUUUUUUGCAAUUUUAAAUAAAACAAUAUGAUUCACGUGUUUUCUUACCGGUCUUACCUGAGAUUAGUUAAUUAGUCUGUUGGUAUGCUCACCCAAACGAAAAUAGCAGAAAAAAAUGGCGCUCAAUUACGAAAUUGCUUAAAACCAUACCAUUAUCUACUCCGACAAUGCUUAAAUGAUGAAAUUGUUAACGGUGAUGCAUCAGCACUUGCCCUUUUUCUUGACAAGAAAACAAUGAGAUAGCACACGGAAAUUACGCUGAGUCCAUGGUGGUAGUCACUGCCUCACUGGUCAAGCCACUCGACAAUGUAAUGCGGCACAGCCAAUUCUUGAACCUUUAGAAUUAGAACUGGUGAUUGGAGAAACCAAUUCAAGCUUCCAAAACCAAAUUCAAAGCACCGUGUGGUAUAUAUCCCUGAACUUUCAACAUGUAUUGACAUAUCACCAGGUCAGGACAUCUUGCCAACCUCUGAAAUUGGCCACAGUUCCUUGCAGGCUUCUCAUCGCUUUUCCCAUCCAAGAACCAUGUGUCCUGCAAAUCUCUUGUCCUUCGACAUCGUUGCUGCGGCGGUGGUGGUGGUGCUGAUGCUUGCAACUGCAGCACCGGCCAUCUCCGUGCAGCAGCUCUACGACUAUCCGACGGCAAACCUCUCGACGCGGUGGGUCAACAACGCCGCGGUGCUCCAACACAGCGUCGACUUCACCGACGGGUCAGCCGUGCGCUCCAUCAUCCUCCGCUCACCAGAAACCAUAUUUGGCCCCUCCUUCGCCGCGGGGUUCUUCUGCGCUCCACCCUGCAAAGCGUUCCUCUUCGCCAUCUUCAUUGUCUACACUGACGGUGGUGCCAGUAUCACCUCGGUACGAAACGGUAUUCCGCAGGUUGUCUGGUCGGCCAACCGGGCACACCCUGUUGGAGAGAAUGCUACCCUGGAGCUGACUGGAGAUGGGAUCCUGGUCCUCCGUGAAGCCGAUGGCAGACUCGUCUGGUCGAGCGGCACUUCAGGCCGAUCUGUUGUAGGCAUGCAGAUCACAGAGCAAGGAAACCUGGUGCUGUUUGAUCAGAGGAAUGUGACAGUGUGGCAGUCAUUUGAUCAUCCAACUGAUGCAUUGGUCCCUGGGCAGUCUUUGCUGCAGGGCAUGAGGCUGAGAGCAAAUACCUCCAACACAAAUUGGACUGAGAGUAAGUUGUAUAUGACUGUUCUUUCAGAUGGUUUAUAUGGUUACGUUGAAUCCACACCGCCUCAACUCUACUAUGAGCAGACAACAAACAAGAGAGGAAAAUAUCCGACAAGGGUUACCUUCAUGAAUGGCAGCCUCAGCAUCUUUAUACGUACCACCCAGGCAGGAAAGCCUGAAGCCAUUAUUGCACUGCCAGAAGCAAAGUCCACCCAAUACAUAAGGUUAGAGUCUGAUGGACACUUGAGGUUGUAUGAGUGGUUUGAUGCAGGAUCAAAUUGGACCAUGGUAUCUGAUGUAAUCCAGAAAUUCCCUGAUGAUUGUGCUUUCCCAACAGUGUGUGGGGAUUACGGGAUAUGCACAAGUGGCCAAUGCAUCUGUCCUCUUCAGGCUAAUUCUAGUUCAAGUUACUUCCAUCCAGUUGAUGAGCGGAAGGCUAAUCUUGGUUGUGCACCAGUGACUCCAAUAUCUUGUCAAGAAAUGCAAUACCAUCAAUUCUUGAGUCUUACGGAUGUUUCUUACUUUGAUGAAGGCCAAAUUAUUGCCAAUGCAAAAAACAGAGAUGAUUGCAAGGAAGCCUGCUUGAAGAAUUGCUCCUGCAGAGCUGUGAUGUUCAGGUAUUAUGGGCAGAAUGAUUCUGAUGGAGAAUGCCAGUCAGUGACAGAGGUCUUCUCCUUGCAAUCAAUACAACCUGAAAUUGUUCAUUACAACUCUUCUGCUUACCUCAAAGUGCAACUUACUCCCUCCUCAGCAGCCCCUACACAAAACUCCUCUUCUGCACCUACACAGACCUCCUCUUUUGCCCUUACACAAAACAAAAGUAACAAAAUGAAGGCAAUUUUAGGUUCUACACUUGCAGCAAGUAUUACUCUUGUUUUGGUUGCUAUUAUUGUUGUCUACGUACGAAGGAGGAGAAAAUAUCAAGAGACAGAUGAAGAGUUAGAUUUUGAUAUAUUGCCUGGAAUGCCCCUGAGGUUAUCACUUGAAAAAUUGAGAGAAUGCACUGAAGACUUCAGUAAAAAGAUAGGUGAAGGUGGAUUUGGAUCAGUAUUUGAAGGGAAAUUAAGUGAAGAGAGAGUUGCAGUGAAACGUCUAGAAAGUGCUAGACAAGGAAAGAAAGAAUUCUUGGCAGAGGUCGAGACUAUUGGCAGCAUUGAGCAUAUCAAUCUUGUCAGGAUGAUCGGAUUUUGUGCAGAGAAGUCAAAUAGGCUUCUGGUAUAUGAAUAUAUGCCAGGAGGGUCACUUGAUAAGUGGAUAUAUUACCGCCAUAACAACGCCCCACUUGAUUGGAGCACAAGGUGUAGGAUCAUUCUGGAUAUUGCCAAGGGUUUAUGUUAUCUUCAUGAGGAAUGCAGGCGAAAAAUUGUUCAUUUGGAUAUCAAACCACAGAAUAUUCUCUUAGAUGAGAACUUCAAUGCCAAAUUGGCGGAUUUUGGACUUUCCAAGCUAAUAGAUAGAGAUCAUAGCAAGGUAAUGACUGUGAUGAGAGGCACACCUGGAUAUCUGGCACCUGAAUGGUUAACAUCACAAAUCACUGAAAAAGUUGAUGUGUACAGCUUUGGCGUUGUUCUUAUGGAGAUAAUAAGUGGAAGAAAAAAUAUUGAUAUCUCUCAGCCAGAGGAAGCUGUUCAGCUCAUCAAUUUAUUACGAGAAAAGGCUCAAAAUAAUCAGUUGAUUGAUAUGAUUGAUAAGCACAGUAGUGACAUGGUCUCAUACCAGGAGGAAGUGAUUCAAAUGAUGAAGCUUGCAAUGUGGUGCUUGCAGAAUGAUAGUGGCCGAAGGCCUUCUAUGUCAACAGUUGUCAAGGUAUUGGAAGGUGUAAUGAGGGUGGAAAAUUGCCUAGAUUACAGCUUUUUCAAUGCAAAUUCAGUAAUAUCUGUUCAAGGGAACCCAUCCACAUAUUCAGCUCCACCUCAUGCAUCAAUAUUAUCUAGUCCAAGAUGAAAGCAGAAGAAAAUUCGAUUCAUGAACUUUACCUUUUAUAACUAUUUUUGCAUUGUAUCCUAGUAUCCUAUUUAUUAUUGGAGAAGUAUGUUGCAGA